GUGCUGCUGUGUGAGCGCUCACACGCUGAGAGCGAGUGAUGGGAGACAAACUCGGUCCCUGACGCGCGUUUCGCUCACCUGGCGAUAUUUUCACAGCGCGUUUCAGAUUUUUUUUGUUUCUGUCAGGAAUAAAACAUAUCAGUCUUAGACUCCAAGCUGAACUGGAGUUGAAGCAGGAGGUGGACGCUCGCCGUAGCUUCAAUUCAGUAUCAGUUUCCACACUGGCUAUUUGUGUUUGGGGAAAUUGCGCACCGAUUAUCCAGGAUUUGAAUCAUGGCAGAGGAGUGAGGCGCAUUUGCCAAAAUGAAUGUUAACUGGAAUAUAACUUUUUCACGGCGGUCCUAUGGAAUAUAGUCCGAUUUUACACAGCCUACAUGUUGUGCCACCAUCCCACGUGAAAAACAAACUCUUUGUUUUCUGCAUAAUGCUGUCUCUUUGGGUGUACAUGAUUUAUUGUUGUGUUGGCUACUGCUCAACUAUGCCAAACCUGACGUACGGCUCCCUGAGCAGGCACGAAAACAACGCAGAAGUUGACAAUCAGGAGUCCUCUCUCGGGGCUUCCAGGGACUUACUGAAUAACGAAAACGAUUUGGACAGCAGAGGAGAAGAGUGGGAUGACAUUAAAGGCGAGGCGAGGGCGUUAGAUGAUAAUGCCAUGUCAGGUUUCCUCAAUGAGUCGGAAAGUAAAAAGUUACCCCAGGCGAUCAUCAUCGGGGUGAAGAAAGGAGGGACCCGGGCGCUGCUGGAGUUUCUGCGCCUGCAUCCAGACAUCAGAGCGGUGGGGGCAGAGCCGCACUUCUUCGACCGCAACUACGACAAGGGACUGGAGUGGUACAGGGAAUUGAUGCCCAAGUCAUCAGAAGGCCAGAUGACCAUGGAGAAGACCCCCAGCUACUAUGUCACCAAGGAGGUCCCUGCUCGAAUCUACACCAUGUCUAAAGACACAAAACUCAUUAUAGUCGUACGAGAUCCAGUCACUCGGGCCAUCUCAGACUACACCCAGACACGCUCCAAGAAGCCGGACAUCCCGUCUUUUGAGAGCCUGACCUUUAAGAACAUGUCAGCAGGUCUGAUUGACACCACCUGGAGCGCUGUUCAAAUAGGCAUGUAUGCUAAGCACCUCGAGCGCUGGCUCCAGUACUUCCCCAUGGAGCAGCUGCUGUUUGUUAGCGGAGAGCGUCUGAUUAGCGACCCUGCAGGUGAGAUGGCUCGUGUCCAAGACUUUCUUGGACUCAGGAGGGUGGUCACGGAGAAGCAUUUCCACUUUAACCCAGCAAAGGGCUUCCCGUGCCUUAAGAGACCUGAGGGGAACAGUAAGCCACACUGCUUAGGCAAAACCAAAGGCAGAACCCAUCCUAAUAUUGACCCGGAAGUGGUGCAGAGGCUAAGGGACUUUUAUAAACCCUUUAAUAGAAAGUUUUACCAGAUGACAGGACAUGACUUUGGCUGGGACUGAGAGGGAAAACUAUGAUGACAGACCCGUCUCUGUCUGUGUUUUUUAUAAGUUUAUCACUCUGGAGAUAUUGUUAUACAGUGUAUGUACAGUAUUUGGUGGAUGUGUAAAAAGUUCAGAAGUCUAUUUUAUGAUAAUUUAUUGUUAUGAUAUUAACUCACUGAGUUGCCUAACCAGGUUUCUUCAUGAUCUAACAUACACAGUUUUAAUUCUCAUUAAAAACAUGAACGUUUUUUCUAUAAGCACAAUGUUUUUACGGGUAUUAUGAGCAGGGUCAGUUUUUUUUUUUUUCUCGGCUUCUUGUGGGCCACCAUUUCUUCUUCCUGGACUUUUCAAAAUGCUGGUUUUGUUUCACCUUAAGCUGAAUGAGAUCCAGCUUUACAAACAACUGGUAAUAUCCCCUUAACAUUUGCCUGACCCUCAAGAGGUCUGUGGACCCACUUAGUCAGGUCGAUACUGGCCUCAGCUGAUCCAGUGCCACUUGCCAGGUGGAUCAAUACAGUAAUAGCUCCUCAUCAUGUCAAUUAGACCUGAGUGAUGGCUCUGCCUCAAACUCCCGAGCACCGUAAUAAAACGUGGAUCCAUUAAUGUUAGUAAGUUUAUGGUUGACCCUUGAGCCAACUUUAAGUUAAUAUAAUAAUAUAAAUUUCCACUGCAAUAUUUUGACUUAACCACUAUUUAUACUGUUUCUGCAAAGGAAUGUUGAUCAGGAUCCAAUAGAGGGUCCUGUCACGAUACUUUGGGGAUGUUUUUUAUUCGGUGUCCACAAACCUGACGCACAGAUUUCACAAUGCCUAAUCAGUUAUUUCUCUUUCCAAAAAGAAAAUGAUUCAGCUUCAUUGAUCUAUACUGAAAUGGUUCUCAUUGAUCAUUUUGUUCAGUUCAUUUUUUUUUUAAAUCACAGGUGAUGCUAGAUGUGGUAAUGAAGCCCGUACCCAUUAUACAUCAACUGACGCAAAUAAGCAUUUCUCUAAAUAUGUGUAGUUUACAUUCAGCUCUGUCUGAAGAGAAUUAAAAUAAACCAUCUUGGGGCAAAAUUCCUCCCUCAUGUAAACAUUAUGUUUGGUUGAGUUUUAUUCAAUCAACACUCAUUUGUGAGCAUUUUCACGGACGUCAUUCUAUAAUGAUGUAAUGCGACCCCGCUUUUGUAGAGGCACUAUUUUGCUGUAUGCAUUGCUUUACAAACAUGGAUGUGAAGCAGGUUUGACUGAGAAGCUGAUUAAAAGGUGCAGUCAUGUCAUUUUUAUGAAGUAAGAAAUAAAAAUAUAAAAAUGUUUUACCAAAA